GAGGCUGGCCGCAGUGGGCAGGUCGUUGGGUCUGGGCUGCGUCGUGGUCGCGCUCUGCCUCCUCGCGCCCGCGCUGAUGUACGCCACCAACGUCCUGCUGGGCAUCUGGGCCUACGCCGUGGUCGGCCAGGACCCGAGCGGCAGCACCGCCGAGCUCGGGAUGUACAUGGCGGCGGGGUGCCUCUACAUCUCUAUCGCCUGCCAGGGGAUCCGGGUCACCACGGCCGCCCUCUAUUUCACCAGGCUCUCCCGGCAGCUUCACGAGCAGAUGCUCGCCGCAGCGCUGCGCCAGACCAUGGCCUGGUAUGACACCACCCCCCUGGGCCGCAUUCUCAACCGUUUCUCCCAGGACGUGAGCCUGCUGGAUUUGCAGCUCCCACGCCUGUUCGAGUUCACGAUGCAGCACUUUGGUGCCGUGAUGGUGGGCUUGCUUGGGUCGUGUGUCCUCAUUUGGCCUUCGAUCGUCGUGGUCGUGCCCCUGCUGCUCUUUCUGCGGAGGAUAUUCCGACAGUACGGUUCCGUGUCGCUUCACUUGCAGCGCAUCAUGCUGGUGAGCACGAGCCCUGUGAUGUCGAAGACGUCGAGCUUCCUGACCGCCCUGAACACGAUCCGGGCCUUCGGGAAAGAGGACUUCUUCUUCCGGGACUUCGUGGCCGCCAUGGCUGACUUCAACCGCACCUACUACUGGAUCCACUCGCUGGACCGCUACAUGCAGAGCCUCCUGGUGGUCGUGUGCAUUCCCGUGUUGACGUUGGCCCUGGGGCUGGGCAUGCUGGCGUUCGGCCGCGCGGGCGUGUUCGCCGCCGACCUCUCCGCGCUGGCCAUGGCGCUCGUCCCCGGUCUGUCGAUGCGGAUCCCGCUGUGGCUCUGGUGCUCGGCCACCACGGAGAAGUUCUUCGGCGGCGUGCAGCGCGCGGGCGAGUACGCCGAGCUGCCCUGGGAGGGCGCCGCCGUGGACCGCGCCGCGUGGCUGGGCGCGCGCGAGGGCGCCGCGGAGGCGCCCGCUCCUGUGGCGGGCGCUGCGGCGCUACAGUUGGAGGACGUGCACGCGCGCUACCAGCCCGGGCUCCCGCUGGUGCUGCGGGGCCUCAGCCUGCGGGUGGAGGCCGGGCAGCGGCUCGGGGUGUGCGGGCGCACGGGCAGCGGCAAGAGCACCCUCUUCCUCGCCUGCUUCCGCAUGGUGGCGGUCGAGCGGGGCCGCGUCCUCGUCGGGGGCGUGGACGCCGCCGGCAUGCCGCUGCCGCUGCUGCGCGCGAGCCUGGCGGUCGUCCCGCAGGACACGCUCAUGUUCUCUGGCACCGUCCGCUCGAACCUCGACUUCUACGGCCGCCAUUCGGACGCAGAGCUCUGGGAGGUGCUGCGGCAGGUGCGGCUGGAUGUGCAGGUGCGCUCCCUUACGGACGCCCUCGGAGCUCCAGUGCAGGAGAAGGGCUCCAACUUCUCCGCGGGGACCGUGCAGCUGCUGUGCAUCGCCCGCGUGCUGCUCGGAAGGCAGCGCGCCGUGUUCCUGGACGAGUGCACCGCCAGCGUAGACUACGAGACCGACGCGCUGGUGCAGGCAUCGGUCCGGGAGGUGAUGGCCGGCCGCGCCGUCGUCUGCAUCGCGCACCGCUUGCACACCAUCAUCGACUACGACCGCCGUCGCGUGCUGCGAGGCGGGCCGCGUGGUGGAGCACGGGCCCCCGCGCGAGCUCGCCGCUCGACCUGGCGGCGCUUUCGCUCGGCUGGUGGACAGCACAGGGGCUGCCAGCGCCGCGGAGCUGCGGCGCCAGGCGCCCUCGGCGACUGGUUCUGCGGCCAGCCGCGGGGUCGGCAGCGCGGACCCCGUCCGCCGCGCCGGAGUGCUCUCCUUCCGCUCGCCGCUGCGGGUGCCGUGCUGCCCCGCUCGG